ACCUCGUGAUGUCAGGUGGUUGACGCGGAGUUACGAGAAAUGUUGCAGUCUUAUAUUGAAGAGCGAAACGGAAAGUACCAGAGAAGCACUCUAGUACAACCUGUUUCCUUAAGGUUAACCUAAUUUCAGGAUUUGGCUUUUGCACUUUGUUUAGUUCAGAGAUCGAGUUCACGGUUGGGGAGUCAAUGUUUACAGUCCCUUAGCUGGACAAGAAGCGGGGGUCACCCCGCCCAUCUGCAGAGUCUCCUCUUGCAAUGGAGUUCGUGACUGAGCAAAUUUCUGAUUUCACUGAUUUUACCCGUGGCAAGCAGCUGGCUGACCUACUGCAGCACCAGUACGGUGUAGUGCUGAAGAUUUGGGUGUCAGGGGACGGCAAGCGCAUUGCUCUGUGUAUCGGUACCAAGGAACGAUAUGGAGAACUUUUGACUUUUGACCGGAUCUGUAACUCUGGGCUGCUGCAGCCGCCCACCUACCUCGACCGGAGUCUCCAGCAGCCGUCAGGGUCUGUGGGACUGGCAGAUCUUUUUUAUCUGCAGGACCGAAAUGGGUUUCAGUGGGCCGCCCUGGUGUUGCAGAACGGCCGUGUGGAGUUUUGGAAAUGCAAGGAUGGAAUGUCCACUUGGGAACUAAUGCAUACGUGUGAACUUUGUAACAGCCUACGAGGUAGGGUGACAUCUGUAUGUACAAAUGGGACUAUUAUCGUUUGGUGCGAGGAGAGACCCGCCACUUCCACCAACUCUGUAAGCAGUGUGUGCCGUUACUGUAUCUGUAAAAGGAGCCUGGAGCUAAGCCAGUAUGGGGUGAUUCUUGGAGGAUUAAAAAUUGUGCUUCACGACUGUCCUAGUUAUCGACUUUUUUUUAAUGUUGCAAGUGAAGGGGUAUUCAUGGUGCCCGCUGCUUCUGCCCCUGGCACUGUGUCUGGAUUACUUCUUAUCUGGCUGCCCAAAGAAGACAUCUUGUCUGUGAGUGCCCCUUCCCAUGGACUUAUCCACAGCCAAAAACUAACCCUUGGAGGGUCUGAUUUUAAGACUGUCGUUUUACGAUCUAUUGGUUUGCUGUCGUUCACAGGUAUUCACGAAAUCCAUAACGUUGCACUUUCAAGCUGUGGUGGGCUCUUGUUGAUGGAUAAAUCCGGGAGGUUAAGUAUUGUUUAUCCUACUGGAACACAGACACAGAUUUGUCAUCUGGAAGCUAGUAAAGCUCUGGGAACCAAAGUCUCCAUGCAGGCACUUGAUUCUCUGUUGGCCUUGUUCUUUGAUCGAGUUCUGUACCUUGUUAAUUUAAAUACUGGAAAAUUAGUGCAAAAAAUUGUUCUUACAGUAGAUGAGUUGAUUUUCCUUGAUUGUUUUGGAGGAGGAGAUAUCAGUUUUCUUGGUAAGAAUGGAAUUUACAUGGUUAAACGAGCAACUGGCCCAAAAAACUAUGGCCAGCACUAUGUAAACAAUGCAGAACUGUCACUGGAAGAAAUGAUCUUUGAAGAAGCUUGCAGUUACUAUCAGAGGAGGAGCCUUAGUGGUACCAGACUAACUGUUGAGAAAUUAAAAAAGGAAGGCACUUUUCAGGCACCAAUUAUGCUGUCUACUGUUCUGCAAAACUAUCUGAAGCACAAAAGGGUAAAGGGGCUUGGUCAGGAGCCUUGCUCAAAGCUUCUGAGUAUUAUGGUUGAUGAGCUACAGAGUUACAGCAGCCUAGAGGAGCUAAAAUCCUGUGUUGUGAAUGCAAAUGAAAGUGAUAUUACAAGUUUUUGUGAGGAACUUGUGGACCAAGAACUUGGCCGUCUGCUCCGCUCUGAUAUUGACAGAGGCAACUUAGUUUAUUUGAAUAUGAUUUUUUGCACUUUUCCUAGAGAAGCCUGGGAAGCUGUGAAGAGCAACCUUCAGCUGCAGAGUAAUGGGGCUGGAUCACUUUCUGCCCGAGCUACAUCAGAUGUGUGGAAAACUGUUGUUGGACAAGGAGACAUUGCAUCCCAGGAAUCUUUGGUAAAUGGUGUGUUUCCAGUCUUUGAACUCAUCUGUCAUUCCCUGUACAGGUUUCGGCCCAAAUGGCUGCCAAAAUUUGUGACACUAACUCAGCAGCACAUAUGUGGCUCUUGGAACUAUGGGAGCAAAGAUCGACCUGAUAGGAUUCCUUUGUAUAAAAGGGCCCUGUCAGUUCUUCCAAAAAGAGAAUACAACAGUACUACAACACUAGAAGUGUCUGAAAUGGAAGUGGAGCUUUUGCUGUGCAGUCAGAGACCAAAGGCAGUUAUGCAGGCUAUUAAAAUUCUGAUUGACCUUAAAAAAUGGAGCAGAGUCAUAGAGGUUGCUCAGACAUGUUCUCAGAUUAGCCCUUUACUUAGGAAGGAUAUUUUUACGUUUCUUUUGACUGAAGUUUCUCAACAUCGCAAUUUAGACAAUUACUCGGACCAGCUGUGGGCUUUGUGCCCUGAAGACAUGUCUGCACCAGAAAUUAUUAAUAUUGUCUUGAAGAAUAUUCCAUCAUCAAAUCAGCCCCUACUGCCGUUCCCUGUUAGAAAUGAGGACCAGCUGUCCAUUGGUUUGCUUAGCCCCCUACUAAUCGCAGCAUUUAAGCAGAGAUCAAUGCUGUGUGAUCAGUAUGCUGCCACUUUGGAGUCUCCAUCUUUUCCGCCACCCACACCUCCCAGGGACCACUGCAUUAUUCCAAGGACAUGUACAGAGCCUGCCCUUCAUGUGUUGAUUCAGCAAGAGAUAUUGCCAAGGACGACUUCUCUGCCAGAUAUAAAAACAGACAGUGCACUAUGACUUAUUGCCUAGUGAAUUAGCCUUUGAGACACCCUAUCGGAUGAUUUUUGUACACUGCUGUGAUACAAGCCAACUGUGAUAAGCAUGUAUUUGCUUUAGGGCAGUUGGGUUAUCACUCUGUGAACUUUAAUAUGUGGCACAGUGAAAACAGUUUUGACCAUUAGCAUUAUUGAGGAGUUUGUCUUCAGAUGGUUGCAUUCUUUCUUUUUUUUUUUUUUUGUUAAAACUAAUUUUCUGAUUUAAGUGCAUUUGUAUUGAACCCCAGGGCAUAUAGAAGCAUUAUUUAGCAGUUUGGUGAGUUGAACAGUGACAGCGGCCUGACCUGCAGCACAUUUGCAGUUUCAGAAUUUAUUAUUAGGUACAUAAUAUUUUGCAUUAGACCAUUUUGUUUGGCAGUCCCUUUCCUUGCAGCAGGAUACAGUGCAAUUUAGUAAAAUUUGAAAAUAUCUGUAUUUUGUUACAGUAUUACACUGUGCUACAUUUUUUGUGCUUAUUAAGUAUUUGUAAAGUUGCAGGUGCAAAGAACAUCUUUGAUGGGCACUGUUACCUGUGUUUGCAGAGUUUGAAACUGCCUUCCCAUACUUUUAAUCCGUAUGUUGCUGCAAAAGCUAGAGGCAGCUCAAGGAAGUGACAGCUACAUGCCAAGUUUUCAGCUUAUGGCAGACCUAUAUUGUUGGAAAAGAUCAAGUUUUCCAACGCAAAUUUUAUUUUUCGCAACUUCUGCCUUAUUUUUUAUUUUGUUUCAGGAUGUUGGUAGUUUUGACGUUUUAUUUAAAGUGGCAUUUAGUGUGGGUUAUUUGGACUGCACACUGAAAUCACUAGAAGCAAUCGUGUUUUUUCUUCCGUUCCUGCUGCCUCCUUUUACCAUUUGUGCUUCAUGGAGUAUGACCAACUGUACAUAAUGCUAGUUUCAUAGAGAGCAGCAGGUGGGCUCUAUUAGUACUAGGAUUUCCAUUAGCGGGACCUUUCCCCUUUCCAUCCCCACUUCAGUGGUUAACAGAAAGUAGCCAGUGCCUGUGCAGUAGUGCUAACUGUUGUGUAUUUUAUUUAUUUAUUUAUUUAUCUUGUUAUUAAAAUGUGCUUUUAGCAGCCAUUUUAGUGAUAUGCAUACUGCUUUAUUUCAUAACUAUGUUGGAUCAGUGUAGACUUGUCCUUUUUGUGUGAGACUAGUACUGUAAGAUAAUACUGAAACUUAUGAACUGUACUUUAGUUCACUGUUUUCAUGCAUAUUUGUCCCAUUUUGAGACUGACUUUGCAUUACACUGUCAAUGUAACAAUUUUUUUACCGUAGCAAAUGAAAAGUUUUCAUCCCUAUUUUGAAAUUCUGAGUUGAUUUUCAUAAUGUCAGUGAUAAGAGUUUUACUGUUUUUGAUUGCUUAUUGAAAUAAUCAAAACUCAGUUGAAGCUGUGCUGAGAAGAAUACUUUUAUUGUUACAGUUUAAUUAGUGAAACUUACAUUUUUACUUUCAGAGAAGUUGUAAACCAAUCUCAGAAUGUGCGUGUGGGGAUGGCAGUAUUUAUACAAGUUUUAAGCAGACUGUCACAAGUAUCUGUUGGUAUUUUCAACACCCUCUUUCAGAAGAAGUUGAGUCAUAAAAUGGUGAGUUAAAGUAAUAUGUUGAAGUACCCCCACCAAAGUGUGACCUCUUAUUUUCCUGUUUGUCCAGCCAAUGCUACUUUUGGUAUGUCAUGCUGUGAUUGCCUGUAUACUGACAUUUUACCUCUGUCUUGUUCCCUAGUAAGUUUGAAACUCAUUUCCCCAUCCCAGUUAAAAUUUCCUUCUCUUUUCCAAAAUGAAAUUGUGACCAUGUUACCCUAGUGAUGAUUACGUACCUGUUAACAGCAUUGGUUGUAUUUGCUUGUAAAUAAGGAAACAACUGUAAAAAUGUAAAAAGUCAUAGAACACACUGUACAGAGUCUUAGUGGUUUGUUCUAGGGUUUGUCAGACUUUUAAAGCUGGAAUCCUGUAUAUGAAAAUCUUUCCAGAAACUCGGACCCCAUUAAAAUGUUUGAUGGUU